AUGUCCGAAAGACUCGGUCAAAAAUCAGUUCUCAUUACAGGUUGCACACCUGGAGGCAUUGGCCAUGGUCUUUGCCACGAAUUUCACAAAAAGGGCCUUCAUGUAAUCGCUACCGCUCGCGAUCUAUCCGUUUUAAAGGAACUGGGGGCUCUGGGGAUUAGCACCGUCCAACUAGACGUGACAGAUCCUAUAAGCAUCAAAUCGUGUCACAAAAUUGUUACCGGGCUCACUGGAGGUCGCCUAGACAUUCUAGUCAAUAACGCAGGUCGUACCCACACUCAUCCUGCGCUAGAUCUUGAUAUCCAGGAUGUGCGGACAACAUUUGAGACUAAUGUCUUUGGGGUAAUGGCAAUGGUAGCUGGGUUCGCGGAUCUUCUGAUUGAAGCCCAGGGCUUGAUUAUCAAUAUCGCGUCUUUGGCGGCUCUGGUUCCGUACGCCUUCGGAAGUGCAUAUUGUGCUAGCAAAGGGGCCAUUGUCAGUUAUAGUCGCACGCUGCGUCAGGAACUACGUCCCCUUGGUGUGAGAGUCAUGGUUUGCAUGGUCGGCACGGUCAAGUCCAAUAUUCACAAUCGGGCGCAUAGAUCUCUGCCCGCAAACUCGGUGUACCAACCCAUCAGUGAGGUCUUCCAGAAGCGACUUACAUUCGUCAACAACAACAGUCCAUAUGAUACCGACUCGUUCUCACGAGAGCUUGUGGCGAACUCUCUGAGGAAUGAAUGGCCAUGGUUCAUGAGGAGUUGGGUGGGAAGGCCAGACUGGUUCUAUUAUGGUGGUUUGGCAUGGCUGCUGUGGUGGGGUUCGACUUUGUUUGGUGAAUGGGUGGUGGACUAUGUUUGUUGGAGAAUGUUUGAAUUGUGGAAGUUGGAGAGCCUGAGAUCGCGAGUCGAAGAGAUCCAUGAGGAAAAAGAG